AUGUCAGUACACGCUUUUUUAGCAGCUGAUGAGUGAAAGAGGGGAGCGCGCAGGUGUGGAGCGCGCAGCUCACUCGCCGGACGGACGCGCGCCUUCUCUCGCGCCAGAGUCCCCUUCGCGCUCUUUCUUUGACGGUUUUUUUUUCUCCUGCUUUCGAAGGCGGAAUAUUCUCGUUCAUAGUCGAGAAUACGUCGGCAAAAAUGGAAAACGAAGGAAAAGUCGAAGGAAAGGGAGUUUCAAAGGACAUUUCAGUGACUGCGAAUCGGGCUUUUAACUGAUUGGUAAUCUCGGCGGUUUAUAGGUCGUCUACGAGGAAUAAAAUAGCGUUUUUUCUUUUUUUUACUGGGUCAAAAAUACUGCUCAGGUUUCCGCACUCAAGGAAUAUGCUGAAAUAUCCCACAGCCGAUUCAAAUUGAAAUUUCUUGUUGAUAACGAGCGGGAUAUACGUCUUUGGAGAUGGAUACGGUGAAGGAGCGAGUUUUGGCCCCCGGUAAGGAACGAUUGAGGAAUCUGGCCGGGAAAACCCUGGGACACAUGCACAGGGUGAUGGAGAAGCGGCAGAAGACGGGCGAGGUGAUCGAGCUCACGGAGGAAGGGAGGCCCGCGCCGCAGCAGCAGAAGAAAGCGCCGCUCUGCGACUGCACGUGCUUCGGGCUCCCGCGCCGCUACAUCAUCGCCAUCAUGAGCGGCCUCGGUUUCUGCAUAUCGUUCGGCAUCCGCUGCAACCUCGGAGUCGCGAUCGUCGACAUGGUCAACAACAGCACCAUUCACCGGGGCGGCAAGAUCAUCAUCAAAGAGAAAGCGAAGUUUAACUGGGAUCCGGAGACGGUGGGAAUGAUUCACGGCUCGUUUUUCUGGGGCUAUAUAGUGACACAGAUCCCAGGAGGAUAUAUAUCCUCACGACUCGCUGCCAACAGGGUGUUCGGUGCCGCUAUCCUGCUCACCUCGACCCUCAACAUGUUCAUCCCCUCCGCUGCCCGCGUUCACUACGGCUGUGUCAUCUUCGUCAGGAUACUGCAGGGCCUCGUCGAAGGUGUGACCUACCCAGCAUGCCAUGGGAUUUGGAGCAAGUGGGCUCCGCCCCUCGAGAGAAGUCGCUUAGCCACCACAUCUUUUUGUGGUUCGUACGCGGGCGCUGUGGUGGCCAUGCCGUUGGCUGGAAUAUUAGUGCAGUACUCAGGCUGGUCUUCUGUCUUCUACAUAUACGGCAGUUUUGGGAUUGUCUGGUACAUGUUUUGGAUUCUGGUUUCAUACGAGAGCCCAGCAGAUCACCCCACCAUCACAGAUGAAGAGAGGACUUACAUAGAGGAGAGUAUUGGAGAAAGCGCCAAACUAAUGGGGGCGAGUGAGAAAUUCAAGACGCCCUGGAGGAAGUUCUUCACCUCCAUGCCGGUCUAUGCAAUCAUCGUGGCCAAUUUCUGCAGGAGCUGGACCUUCUAUCUGCUGCUUAUCAGUCAGCCGGCGUACUUCGAAGAAGUGUUCGGCUUUGAAAUCAGUAAGGUCGGUAUGGUCUCCGCUCUGCCUCACCUUGUCAUGACCAUCAUAGUGCCAAUCGGCGGGCAACUGGCUGACUUCCUACGCAGCAAAAACAUCUUAACCACCACCACUGUCAGAAAAAUCAUGAACUGCGGAGGGUUUGGGAUGGAAGCCACUCUGCUGUUAGUGGUUGGUUUCUCUCACAGCAAAGGUAUGGCCAUCUCGUUUCUGGUGCUAGCUGUUGGCUUUAGCGGCUUUGCUAUAUCAGGUUUUAAUGUCAACCACUUGGACAUCGCUCCGAGGUAUGCCAGCAUACUGAUGGGUAUUUCUAACGGAGUGGGCACUCUCUCUGGUAUGGUCUGCCCUCUCAUUGUAGGUGCUAUGACCAAAAACAAGACUCGCGAGGAAUGGCAGAACGUGUUUUUGAUCGCCUCACUGGUGCAUUAUGGCGGAGUGAUCUUCUAUGGGAUUUUUGCAUCCGGCGAGAAGCAGCCGUGGGCCGAUCCGGAAGAGACCAGUGAGGAGAAGUGCGGCUUCAUCGAUGAAGACGAGUUGGCGGAGGAGACCGGUGACAUCACGCUGAGCCAUGCUCCAUUCGGGGGCCCCGCCAAAACGUACGGGGCCACGACGCAGCUGAACGGGGGAUGGGCCAAAGGCUGGGAGAAAACCGAGGAAUACAUCCAGGAGGACGCCGAGCAGACGUAUACAGGAGACGGGUACUCCUAGAUCUUUAUUCGCGAUGAGUCAUAGCAAAUCUGUAAAAAAAAAAAAAAAAAAAAAAAAAAAAGUCAAAGCAAAAAGAUAUAUGUGAUGAUAGACACUGUACUGAACAAGCGUAGCUACAGGAGUCAGAGAUGUUUUUGAAAAGAGUCUUUAUUCGAUAGCAAGUGAAUAGAGAAGAUAUUUAAAGGGAAUAAUGUAUUCAGAGAUAUUGAUUAAAAUAUACUGGUAAUUAUACGAAGAGCUCAUAUUUAGGAUUAUUUAAAGAAUAUAUAUGGCUAUGUAAAUGUUUCCUUUUAAAAAUACAGAUAUGUUGAGUUAUUACUGUAUUUAAUCAACUUAAUAGCACAGACAUCUGUAAUCAAAGCACAGGUCUUGGCUGUUUUUUGCAGGUUUAGACUAGUUUUGUUUUAGGUUUGUGUCUUCUACUGUAACUUUAGCGGAUGAGUAGUUUAGUUUAACAGGUCAGGACCGAUUAGAGUAGGGUAGUUUAGAUCAACGUCGUUUUGUUCAGAAGAAACAAGUGUUUCACUCUGGUUUACAGAGCUCUUGCCAUUGACCUUACAGAAAAUAUGCAAAAUUUGGGGUUAUUUAACUAUAUUAUAUAACAAAGGAUGCUGUUUAUCAUUAUGUACGUGUACUAUUUUACACAUUAUAAACUAGUCCCUUUAUUUGGGACAUAAACCUAGAAGGUAGAGCAUAAUAGACAUAUACUGUUUGAUGCGGAAAGAAUCUAAAAUAGCACAAAUUCGCAAAACGUACCUGCUACAUCCGAAUGAUGACGUGUAUUAAAAUAAGUGUGAAAUAUACCGACGAACCUUUAAAUGUUGAAUCAUCCAAAAGUACACCUGGGAACUUUUUAAAGUGCAAUCUCGUAUUGUAAGUUUUGUUCAGCUAUAGUUACAUCGCCACUACAUUCAAGUGUGUGCUUGGCAAUACAGUCCUGUAUUUUAAGUGGUAUUAAGCUGGUCUUCAUUUCAAAUGUUCCAUUUUAGCCGACAUUUAAUGACAAGCCAGUCAUUUUCUGAGAUUCUUUGAAUGCACUGACAUGUCGUUAUUUGGGAAAACAAGUGAUUUCUAUCUUAAGUAUGUGUUUUGACAUGGAUUUACCGUUUCUGUGAGACUGUUGUGAACCUGGGUCAGUGAUAUCUGUGCUUACUGUUCUUAUUGGGCCAUAUUUAUCAUAGAAACCGGCGUUAAAAAGUGAGGCUGUCCAUUUGGGAUAUAUAUUGUGACGCCAUUGAGAUCAUUCCGUGCGUAUGGUCAAAUCCUGAUCAUCUGAUGUAUUUAAGUGUCGCCAUGCAAAGCUGAUGUAAUAUGUUGAGUGAAUUUCACAAAACCUGUCAGGAAGAGCAGGUUCCGCCUCACCCAGAAAUGUAAUUUUAUAUCGCAUUAAGACAAUUAAAAUAAAUUCAUUUAAAAUAAAUGGAUAAACACUAUCGAUGCUGUCAAUGUAAUAAAUAUUAUCAAUAAUAAUAAUAAUAAUAACGGUCCGAAAGCUUGAAAAUUGUGCAUGUUUUUUUGUGAGAUUCACUCUAAUUCUUCAUUCGUGACACAUACCAGUGCGUCGUGUUUAGUCAACCAGCAGUAAUCUAAGAUGACGUGUCAAAGUCUUAAAAAAUACAAGAAAUAAAUAAUAAUUUGUCGAGAACAUGUACUGCAAUAAUUUACUGAUGACAUCAGCAAUCUUGUUAUACUCAACAACUAAUUCAUUCAUUCAAGAAAUCUGGAUUGCGUCUAGUUUAUGAAGUCAUUUGAACGAUUGCGGAAGUCUUACCGAAGCAUCAGAAAAAUUCACGGCCAUUUUCAGAGGUUGGAAUCUGAGCCAUGCUUUAAUUUGUUCUGAAACUCAGCUAGAUGUUUUCUAGAUUUGUGUAUUUUGUGAUGAAUUCAUCACGAACCUAAAGCUCUUUUCACAGCCUCUUGCCUGAGACCGAAGUGCACAAGUGAUUGUUAUAUUAUAUUGUUGUGUCAAAUAGAGCGAUCUGUUGAUGUCAAAAAGUGUUAAACUGUAUGAAUUGCUCACUAAGUGUGAUUUUAUAUACAAUUAUUCAAAUCGAGACAUCGCGAUGUCUUUCCUUUGAUUUUUGCGACUGGUGGACCAAAAUUUAAAGGCGGUUUUCUGGUUUCGAAAAGAUAAGAGUUGAUGUUCUUUAUAGAGUGUGAUGAUUAUUUUUGCAUGAUAUAGUCAUUAAAAUCAUCCUGGGCAUUGAUUUCAAA